AUGUGUCAUUUCUGCCGAAAGACCUCCUGGGUCACGCCGCCGGCUCAUCGUGAUCGCGAUCGUCACCAGCCGGCCGGCUACGAUCACGGGGCAGAUCCUCCCCUCCACUGGGAUCAAGUGAUGGGCGUGCCCUCUGUUCAGCGGCCGGUGCCCAAAGCGCCCCCGGCCCGAGCUCAUCGAAACAGAGGCAUGGAUCAGCCGGUCUACUACGUGGAUCCCAAGGCUGGUCUGCCGCGCCAAGGCCGAGCGGCUCCGAAAGGGCGUUCUCCUUUGUUCGCCGAGCCUGCUCAGUACAUAGUUCCAGGGCAGCCCCCCAGAUCGCUCGACACAGUGCCCGAUGAUGUCCGCAUCAGCGGACCGGCUCACUAUGUCAUUCCGGGGCAGCCCCCGCGGCGGCUAGAUCAGCUCCCGCCCGGUACGCAGCUCCCUCCCGGCACCGAGAUCAUGGUGUCUACGAGGAGCUCGAGUCCGCCGACCAAGGCGCCCCCGACUCCCGCCCAGAUCGCGGCGUACCAGGCUUCUCGCGCUACUCCCGCUCGGACGAGAGCCAAAGCUGCUCCUGACGCAGCUUUUCGUGCCGCCGAGCGGCAGUUGAUUGACUUGCUCGGCGCGGGUGUGAUGCCAAACAUCGCUACGCUGAGCACAUUGACAGCAUGUUACGCUGCAGCGCCUCUCGCCGAUGUCCUGGCUGUCGGAGCGAAGGUGCAGGCCUUAGGCCUGAAAGCAGAUUCUGCCUUUGCAGAGGCAUAUACAUGUGCCAUUCUGGGGCUGCCUCGGAAUAAGCGCAUGUACGGCCGGACUUUGACGACUUUCGCCAAGACCCUGGAGAGUCUCAGCAGCGCGCGCAAGGCUGCUGCCCGACGGGCGAUCUCUGAGCUACGGGCCGAUGGGGUCAAGCUACCACGCUUCUGUCAAAUCGUGGCUGCUAAGCUUUUCUUCCCUGGUGCGAUGAUCAAGGUUGCCACCAAGACUUGGCCCAAAGCCGGAGGUUAA